UCAUCGAACGUACAUUUUGUCAUGAUUUCGACGCAAAAGUCAAAGACGAAAACGUUUUUAGUCCGCAGCAUCGGGAUCAAAAUCUUUAUUACGAUUAUAAAUAAUUCCCGUUAAAUUGUACACUGUGUAUUUUUGUGUGUUUUUCGCGAUCAUUGGAUAAUGGAGUAGACGAAAAUAUUGCAAAGCCAGAGUGUAUUGUAUAUUGUACGCAUCGGGAUGAGUUUUCUGCGUUGAGCAGCAGGCAGGAAGAAGAAAAAAUACAUAUUUUUGUGAAAAGUAGUAAGAAGCACGUAAUCAAACGCGUUUCCUUGAUCUUAUAGUCGUUAUCGAUUCCUUUUUGGCUACGAAAGCAGUUCUCUAAAUUUGGUGUUUCUAUCGUGUGUCGAACUAGUUAUGAUUUUUCAACUGUGGUACUAUAGUGUAUUAUUUUGUGGUGUCUGAAAUGGUAAACAAGAAUAAGAAGAUCGCGUAUAUUGAUGUGAGAGAAGCACAGAAUACGACAUCAUGCGUGUGAAUAUUAUUCUCAAGCUGCUAAAAGCUGACCGUGUUUGUCUUUUUUGAUGUGAACAAAUUAUGCGAACAGAACACUAGUGAAUCGUCUUCUUCUACUAGUCGCGAACGCAAAAACCACUAGCUGAAUUGUUAUUUUGCUUACGAUUUGAACAACGACAGUGCCAGUGCUGUCGAUUGAGACACGAGGCGAAGUCCUCAUCGCAUCGCAAAUUGCAGUGUGCUCGAGAGCGACCAGUGAAAGUGCACGCGCGCUCUGAAUUAACACGUCGUCAUUGCCGCUGCCAUCGUCGCCGUCGUCGUUGAGGAAACAGUCGGAAACUGAACGACCUAAUAACCCGUUAAUACCUCGAAUUUGUGACUUUAAAGUUACUUGUGCCCAAGUGCUGACACCACCUCGUUAUGUCUUCUACAGACAGCAAUCCAUCGCAGGCGGUUCCGAUAUCGCAGCCCACUCGCGUCACUCAACCGGUCACCGUCUCCGCCCAAAUUGUGAAGGAAGGCUGGCUGUAUAAACGCGGUGAGCAUAUAAAAAACUGGCGCUCGCGGUACUUCAUUCUUCGAGACGAUGGCACCCUGGUCGGCUAUAAAAAUCGACCGGAUGCUUCGUUCCAAGCGGAACCCUCGAAUAACUUCACCGUGCGCGGCUGUCAGAUUAUGUCCGUCGAUAGACCACGGCCUUUCACAUUCAUCAUACGCGGUCUGCAGUGGACCACCGUGAUAGAGCGGAUGUUUCACGUCGAGGAGGAAAAGGAACGCCAGGAAUGGGUCGAAGCGAUCCGAAGUGUUGCGAACCGAAUAACGGAAGCUGAAGCCUACCAGGCAGGAUCACAGUCGAACGAAGAUGUCGAAAUGGCAUCGAUUGCUGAGGAUGAACUGUUGACAGAGAAAUUUUCUGUACAGGGAACAUCGACUGGAAAAAUUAGUGGCCGAAAGAAAGUGACUCUGGAAAAUUUCGAAUUCUUGAAAGUGCUCGGCAAAGGAACAUUCGGUAAAGUAAUCCUAUGUCGCGAAAAGACAACCGCCAAACUGUACGCCAUCAAGAUUCUCAAAAAGGAAGUCAUCGUACAGAAAGAUGAGGUCGCCCACACGAUGGCGGAAAAUCGUGUACUGAAAAAGACGAAUCAUCCUUUUCUGAUAUCGUUGAAAUAUUCUUUUCAAACCGUGGACCGUCUAUGCUUCGUGAUGCAGUACGUCAACGGGGGAGAGCUAUUUUUCCAUCUAAGCCGCGAACGAGUAUUCUCCGAGGAUAGAACACGAUUCUAUGGCGCCGAAAUCAUCUCUGCAUUGGGAUACCUACACUCCCACGAGAUCGUCUACAGAGAUUUGAAGCUAGAGAAUCUCCUGCUGGACAAGGAUGGUCACAUCAAAAUCGCUGACUUCGGCCUCUGCAAGGAACAGAUUACCUAUGGACGUACAACGAAGACCUUCUGCGGCACACCGGAAUACCUGGCACCGGAAGUGCUGGAGGAUAACGAUUAUGGCUUAGCGGUAGACUGGUGGGGUACCGGUGUUGUCAUGUACGAAAUGAUGUGCGGCCGACUACCAUUCUACAAUCGGGAUCACGACAUUCUGUUCACAUUGAUUCUGAUGGAGGAGGUCAAGUUCCCUCGGAACAUCAGUGCUAACGCGAGAGAUUUACUCAGUGGACUGCUAAUGAAACAACCCAAAGAUCGACUAGGCGGAGGUCCAACAGAUGCAAAAGAGAUAAUGCUUCAUCCGUUCUUCUCCAGCAUCAAUUGGACUGAUUUAGUGCAAAAACGCAUAGCACCCCCGUUUCAGCCUCAGGUCACUUCGGACACGGACACGCGCUACUUCGACUCGGAGUUUACCGGUGAGAGUGUCGAACUUACUCCACCUGACAAUAGUGGCCCACUCGGGGCAAUUCAAGAGGAACCACAUUUUUCACAGUUUAGCUACCAAGACAUGGCAUCCACCUUGAAUACACCGUCGUUUAUUAGCAACCCGACCAGCUUCGUAUCGAUGCAGUGAAGCUACCUACGGAUCAGACCGACGUCAUACAUAAAACAGCAACAGCAACGUCUUACGAGGCAUCGAAAUCGUUACCAGUACGACUUGCCCCGUAUACUUUCCAACGGGUUGAAGCGUUGUGGUCAUUUUUUGUUUGAAACCGUUACAGAGCGCUUGAGACCUUGGGUACGGAGCACGCAAAUCAGGUAGGCCUUUUCCAUUGUACAGUAGCAUUUUGCAGUCAGUUCGGAGGAGACAGUAGAUUGAAAGUAUAGAUUGUAUGAAAUCAAAUCGAUGAAUAGCAGGAAAUAGGCCCAGGAGGCUAGAGCUAGCAACUACCAUUUUUUACGAUUAGUUGACAGGAUAACGUCCACAGGAGCAUAGUACUCAAGGAAUGGUCCCGCAUCAACAAAUAAGCCUCAGCAAUAGACCGGUUAAUUUCAGGUAACGCUAAUAACGAAACAAAACAAAAUAAAAUGCAAACACAUAGUGGUCAAUCAGCAGUAGGACCCAAACGAACAAUAGCCCGGAGGUACAAAGCCACGCAGGUCGCCCAGACUGUGCAACCAAUAUGAACCCAUUCCAUUAAAAUUCUCCCAUCCGCAAUCGUAACUUAUCACCACAACAACACAGUUAAAAUGAAGAAUGCGAAGCUCUUUGAAACUAGGAAACCAUACACACCUCUCCUGUGAAUGAAAUUGCUCUUCCUUAAAAAACAGAAAACUGAACAUGCUACCAGUUUUAAGGAUAUAGCAAAAAUAAUCUAAAUAUUAAAUGAGACGGAUCGAACUGUGAUAAAAACGUAAAACCAAUGUAAGAGUAAUCAAGGGAUAAAGGAAAGUAAUGAAAGUGUUUAAAUGCAUAAUGUCGUCAUUAAAGCCCUUAAUUUUAAUUAGCUUUAAGUAAAACCAAGAUGUCAUAAUAUACAUUUACGGUAAAUAUUAUUGAACGUUAUUAACAAGAAGUUCCGUUGAUUUCAAAAUUAUCCCGGCAAUCACACUACACUUUGCAUUAAGGAGUUAGCCGGGAAUCUUUUCAAAUUUUGUUUAAAAUAUAAGUGCUAACAUCAUUAAUCAUUACACUUCUAGUAGAUUGUGUAUACAUGCGGUGCUUGUAACAAGGCCUGAAAUUAAAUAAAUGUGAAAAUGUGAUGAAACACUUUAACGUUCAGCUUAUAAAGACAUCAAGUAUAUGAAAUAGUUCAUGAGCAGACAUAGGAAAAACUUUCCGAAAGCAAACCUUCUUGAACUGCUUUGUUUUGAUGCCAUCGAUUUGGUUACUCGAAAUAGCAUAACGUCAACAAAAAUAACGGAUUUUACACCAAUCUUUCAACGACCUUAAAUUGAAACAGACACGUAAAUAUCGUUGAAAAUUGGCCAAUGUCCCGCUUGGUGUAAUUAACGGGAUUCCUGAAUCGGGAAUCAAUUUUCCUUUUCUUUUUCUACAUAAGUUUAACACAUCCAAGCGACGAGAUUGCGUUGGUGAAUCAGUUAACCCUUGAAUGCACACAGUUGUCGUUUGGAAACAUACCGUAUUUUGGGAUAUAAAGCCUCAACGAGAAUAUUCAUCCAGAAAUUCGCGUUUAAGGGUUCAAAAACCGAAAGAUAACGUGGCAAAAGUAUCAUCAGCCAAGCACACAGUCAUCAUUAUGAGUGUCAAUAGGGGCUCUGACACGAGGUAUUAGUGAUGUCAUUACUGAGCAAUAAUGUCACUUUUAAUUAUCGUGUAAGGCGAUUAAUGACGAGAUUCCCGUACAAUUCCAGAAAUGUCAUUACUUAAUUCUAAUGCUCGUGUAAGAGCCCUUGAUAGUUUUAUCAACAUUAGUAAAAUAUUAAAAUAAAAGAUAUAGGGUAAUCGAUCUUAUUUCUGUAAGGUGACGGAUGCAUGUUUCGGAAGAAUAGAGGUCGAACGACUUUUGUUGCUGUUGUGUUAGCUGUAGAAAUCAGGGUAUUUUUUUAAACAAAAAUUCAGACGAAACAGCGAUAAUUUGAUUCAAACUGAUAUUUUUUCAAGUAGGUAUGCAACACGAUUUUAAAUCAUAUUGCGAUGAACUUGUUGAUCAAAACGUGUUUCCUAACAAACGGUUCGACUGCAAACAUACUAGGAACUGAUUCGGUUUCAGUCUCAAGCGUAUUUUCCUUCGAAUAAGCGGUCCGUCAUACUGCAGAAUAGGACUGAAUAUUUGUGAAACGUUGAAGGAUUGGAAUAAUUAGCAUAACAAAAAAAUCGAUGCAACUGGUAAAAUGAUAAUGAUUACAAUAUUUUUGUUGGCUCAUAUUACUUCAUCUAUUUCCUCCAGGAUAAACAAUUUUUUUCAAAACAUUUUUGUAGUUUCGUUCAAAAUUCAUAUAUUUUUUCAUUUUAAUAAAAAUAAACAGUAAGUUCCAUGUGUAAAUUCCUUUGGAUUGGUGUUUUCUAGGGUAAUUGGGAGCUUUGGAUGUGGUCGCUUUUUUAAUUUGUCAAACGAGCUGAUAAUCUCAGUUACUAUUCUUGAUAAUCUACAGGCAUUUAUCAUUUCUUUAAAACUGAUUAUUGUGUUUAACUGGAAUGUCAAAUAUACUGAAAAAUGAAACGCACGUAAUUUCCCAAACAUUGAGUCAAGACUACAGACCACAGUUACGAGUAAACACAUGGAAAAUCUGAAAUAUAUCACUGCCUUAGAUAAGAGAAAAAAAUCACUGAGCAACUUCAGCUGUACGGUGGAUAACAACAUUGCUAAGAAAUUCUUAUUUGAAGGAAAUAAAACGAGAUAUAAUAUUACGCUAGUUUUAGGAAAGGUACUAAGUAAUUAAUAUUAACUUACCAUAAAGUCAGUAGUUGACUAAAAACUAUUAUAUAACAGAUGAAACAUAAACUAUCGAACCUUAGAGUAAUCAUUCAUUGAAGGAAGCAAAACAAACCGACGUAAAUUUAAGUAAAAAAAUACAAUGCUUUAAUCAGUAGUAUA